AAGAACAAAUGGGGCGCGGGGAUGAUUGUUUUUGUUUGUUUGUUUGUUUGUUUGUUUUGAAGAUACAACGCUGCUGUCAAAUAAUUGGUUCGCCUAGGUCAAUAUUGACUAUGCAGACUGGCAGCAGCUCUGCAGGAAGUCAGGUAGGGGGUUCCCCCCCUGCUAGAGUUUGGACCUGGGGUUCUCUGCCCCCAAAGCAUAUCCUCUACCACUGAGCUAAAGCCCCAUUCUAUACUGGUGGAGGCAGAUUUCUUGUGUUCUGUUCAUGAGACGAUAUUGCAGGACCCAUUUUCAGUCCAGGAUCCAGUGACCUUACAAAGGUUUCUUGACGGGUGAUGCCAUCAUGGAGAAUUGUGGGAAUACGGCCUUGUCAGGGUUUCUCAUCCUGAAGCCUGAUCUCCUGACCUUAAUGCAAGGUGGACAAUUGCCAUGGGUGCCAAUUUUUCAGGGCUUGAACCAAAAGGAGAUCUCUGACAACAACUCAGUCCUCAGCACUUCCUCUUACAUCUUGCUUCUGACCAACCCACCUGCUGUGGAGAUAAAGCUGGAACAGGAAGAGAACCCAGGGACCCCAGAUCAUCAAACAUCUCAGGAAAAUUGGACCCUCCCAGCUGUCCAGUCAGCAUGUAGAAUGCCAUCCUCAUUUCAGUCUGGAUUGUCCUCUCCUUCCAGCCGAAGGGAAACAGGUGUAACAGCAGAAUCAGCUCAGAGGCAGGUGACGUUUGAAGAUGUGGCCGUGUAUUUCACAGAGGAGCAGGCCGCUCUGCUGGACCCAAACCAACGAGUUUUAUACAGAGAUGUCAUGGUGGAGAACUAUGAGAAUGUGGCCUCCCUGGGAGGAUUUCUGCUCCCAAAGCCUGAGCUCAUUGUCCGGUUGGAACGAGGGGAAGGACCGUGGAUGUCAGACAGUCAAACUGUGGAUGAUACCCUCAUGACUAACCCAGCAGAUGAUUUCCAGAAAAAUCACAUGAGCCCCAAGUUUGGUAAAAGCUUUGCAGACAAAUGCAAGCUUCUGCGACACCAGAGGGUCCACGGAGGAGGGCUGCCUUACAAUUGCUUGGAGUCUGGCAAAUGUUUCCUUUGGAAAUCAGACCUUGCAAGCCAUAAGAUCAUCCACACAGGAAAGAAGCCUUAUAUAUGCCAGGAGUGCGGGAAAUGUUUAUCUUGGAAAUCGGCCCUCAUAAGGCAUCGGAAACUCCACAAGGGAGUGAUGGGAGAGAAACUUCACGAAUGCUUGGAGUGUGGAAAAUGUUUCUCUUGGAAAUCGGAUCUUGUGAGACAUGAGAGAUUCCAUAUGAGAGAACCCCUAUAAAUGCCUGGAAUGUGGAAAAUGUUUUGCUUACCAGUCACACUUUAUAUACCACCGGAACAGGGGCAUAGCUAGGGGAGAGGGGGCCCAUGUUCAUCCCUCUUUCUGGCGUCCCCCCAGACUGAGGGAGAUAAUGAAGAAAAUUGGGAGGGAAGUAGCUGGAGGGCCCUCUGGAGCUGGGGGCCCGUGUUCUUUGAACCCUUUCAUUCAAUUAUAGCUACGCCCCUGCACCGGAAAGCCCAUAUGAGAAAGAAGCACUAUAACCAUUGUGUCAUCUCUAUGGAUUUUUACAAACUAUCAAAGCCUUGUGUGUAAUACAAAUAUUUUUAAUGUAUGAACUUGCCCUUAGCUUCCUCACAGACAAAUUGCCCAAUAAACACUAACAGCAGCUAGUAAUAGUUGUGAGGAUUGUAUACAGUUUCUUAUAAUGACAAUAAUUAGGUAACCUUACAUUCAAAAGCUGCAAUCCUAUGCACAUUUAACCCUCUAACAAGUUCCAUAGAGUUUAAGGGUUCUUGCUCCUGCAUAGGAUUACACUGAACGUUAAGCAUUUCUAAUUCUCAUCAAUUUCCAUAAAAAAUAUUUAAGCACAUAGCUAACUCUUCUACCAAAAAGUUGUAGAAGUGCUUGAUUUUGCCUGAGUUGUGACCCGACUACUUGGACAUCAUUUUUGCAAUGUUAAGGGAGGAGAGCUGGUCUUGUGAUAGUAAGCAUGAAUUGUCCCCUUUGUUAAGCAGGGUCCACCCUGGUUUACAUUUGAAUGGUAGACUACAUGUGUGAGCACUGUGAGAUAUUCCCCUCAGGGGAUGGGGCCACUCUGAGAAAAGCACUUGCAUGGAGAAAGUUCCAAGUUCCCUCCUUGGCAUCUCCAAGAUAGGGCUGAGAGAGUCUCCUGCCUGCAACCUUGGAGAAGCUGCUGCCAGUAACUUCCUGGCUAAGGUGGAACUUAAGCAUGGGAUCUCUCCCUUUUGUUUUAAUAGCCACUGCAUCAUCCUAAAUAAAUAGUUUCCUAAAUAAACAGAGCUGAGGCCUUGUGUCUGAUAUUCCUCCAUUUUGUGUGUGGCUGUUGCUGGAUUCAUUCAUAGUCGUUUCCUACUAUGAAAACAGGCCUUGGGAGAGCUGUGAACUUGUGUAUGAGAGAGGAGGAGAGUAAAAGCUUGUUGUCAGGCUGGCUCUGUUCACCAUUUUGGCUUUUGCUUUGAACGAAACCACACUUCUGUGUUACGUACAAAUAUAGUGAACUGUGGUAAGGUUCAAACCACAGGAAAAACAAACUGGGCUGAUAAUCGGUUUCCCCUAUUUGUGUUUGUAAUGCAGAACUGUUGUUUAGUACAAUCAAGCAGCAAGAGCUUUCACCCUUCUCAUCCUCCCAUCUGUGAAAGGAAAAGGGCAAAGCAUGUAGAUCUGCAGCUCUCUGGGACUUAUUGGCUGGAUUCACACACAAAUCAGCACCUCAGGUUCAUGUGAGGUGCCACAGCCCUGGGAGCACGUGUCACCCUCUCUUCCAGUGUAGGUUCAGAUCUGCUGGGGCUGGCUGAGUUGUGUGAACCCACCAGUCUUGGCAUAUCAGAACCUACACUAGGAGGAAGAGUGGUGAGUGCAGUCCCAAGGCUGCGCACAUCACACAAACCUGAGGUGCCAUGUUAUGUGUGACCUCAGCCAUUCCCUUAGUGGGAAACCAUGGCUUCCUGUGGCUUGUAUGCAGAUGCUUCAGAUGAAUGAGCGAGGGAGAAUGAACACUACCCCACAGCGUGUCAAGGGUGAAGUAUUACUUGAAUAAAUAGGAAUAGCAGAAAAGGCUCUGGUUGUGUUUUAGGCAGGCAGAAGAGAGACAGAGUAAUGCAGUCAUUAGAACACCAACAAAGCCCUCUUCACAUGAUACAUUCACGUGCAUACAGUCUGUACUGUGUAUGCAUAUAUGCAGUUAUUCACUUAUAUUCAAUGCAUGUACAGCAGUACACUUUUAAACUGCAUCUUGCAUUUCAGGAAGCCUGUACCCAGGUUCACUUUUAAAAUUAAUCCAUACAGUUAUUGUCACAAGAACAUAUAAAUGUGUACAGACAUUUGUACACUUGUACAACAGUCUAAAUAGGGUAGACUUCUAGGCUGGCCUUGUUACAAAGAACAAAAUACUGUAGAUAGCUAUGAAGGAAUAUGGCCCAAACCACCUCUUUUUCUGUUACAGAUUUCUGUAUUGUUUAUUCCCGAUGUUGUGUGAAAGAAGCUGUGUGCAGGGGUCAUAAGUCCACAGCUCCUGUUCUUCAGUUUGGUUUGUGAGAGAGAAGAGUUGUCCUGGUUAAAUUUUGGAGGGAAGAGAGGGUUUGAUUGGAUAUGUUGUAAAAUAAUGGAGGGAACGUGGGCUGUUUAGAAAAAUGAAGUGGGGAAAGAAUAAAAGGAGGCUUGCCUGCAGCAGAGGGUUAGUGCAAGUUCCAGUUGGAGUCAGAGUGGAAGAGCGCAAGUCCAAGUGAAGGAGUGCAAGUUCCAGUUAGAGCUGAAGUCUUGAAGAGCCAGGAGAGAAGAGCUGCUGAAAUUAGAGCCAAGAAAUCGCUGGGAGAGUUGAGCUGAAACUCUCUGAAGAACUGGAUCACUCUCAAAGCAGCCGAAAGAACAGUUGCACUCUACUUGGGGCUGCUUUUCUACAUAGCCUGGAAACUACACUUGGUACAGAAUGAGGCAGCCAGAUUGGUCUCUGGGACAACACGAAGGGACCACAUAACACUGGUUUUGAAAGAAAUGCACUGGCUGCCGGGGGAAAUACAAAGUGCUAAUUAUUACCUAUAAAGCCCUUAAUGGCUUGGGUCCAGGCUGUUUAAGAGAGCGCCUCCUUUGUCAUGAGCCCUGAUGCCUGUUAUGAUCUUCUGGAGAGGUCCGUUUAUGGUUGUCGCCAGCUCGGCUGGUGGCGAUUCAGGACUAGGCUUCUCUGUGGUUGCCCCAGGGCUUUGGAAUAUGCUCCCUGCUGAAAUAAGAGCACGUCCUUCUCUGUGUUUUCAGGAAGACCCUCAAGACUCUGUUCUCACAAGCUUUUAAAUAGAAUUUUAAUAAUUUGUUUUAAUAAUUGUUUUAUACUAUUUUUGAAUGUCUUGUGUAUUUUAAUUGGUGGGUUUUUUUAAAAAAAAAAUUAAAUCCUGUACACUGCCUAGAGAUGUACAUAUCAGGUGGUAUAAAAAUAUGAUAAAUAAAUAAAUGAGACAUUUAUGGAAUAAACCCUGUUUAUGGAA